AUGGAUACCUUCCGAGUCCGCCUCAACUGCGUGGACCACUACCAAGCUGUCCCGAUUGAUGGCCUAGAUCCUCCAGUACCUCUCGGUGUCGGCAGCGCGGGUCACAAUGACAAACCUCGAAUUUCGGUCAUUCGCGUCUUUGGCGCCACCCCAACCGGGCAGAAGGUGUUGUUGCACAUCCACGGGGCUCUGCAAUAUACCUACAUCGAGUACAGCGGCAGUCUGGUCCCCGACGAUGUUGACGUGGCUAUUCGUACCCUCCAGCUCUCCAUUGAUCAUGCUCUAGCCGUGAGCUACCGCAAGAAUAUCUAUGAAAGGAAGCAUCGAUAUGUCGCACACAUCUCCCUUGUGAAGGGGGUUCCAUUCUAUGGCUUCCAUGUCGGUUACAAGUUCUACCUCAAGAUAUACCUGUUGAACCCGCUGCAUAUGACGAGGCUAGCCGACCUGUUGCGGGAAGGAGCCAUUAUGAAGAGAGUGCUACAGCCAUACGAGAGUCACAUGCAAUACAUAGCACAAUGGAUGUGCGACUAUAACCUAUACGGUUGUGGCUAUAUCGACUGCCAGAGAGUCAGGUUUCGCGCCCCGGUUCCCAGAUACGCCGAUUUGACCAACCCAUUGCACCAAUGGCACGAUCUUUCUAUUCCCUCCGACGCGAUCUUCGACGAUGGGCAACUGACCAAGCAGAGCCACUGUGCGCUCGAGGUGGAUGUGCACGUCGAGGGCAUUCUGAAUCGCAAUGACGUCCACGCUCGCACACUUCAUCAUGACUUCGUUGAGCGCGUCCAUCCCAUUCCGGCAGAUGCCAAGCUGGUGCAAAGCAUGGCCGGAUUGUGGAAGGAUGAGACUCGGCGCAGGAAGUUGAGGAUGGGACUUAAGGACCCGAACAGCAGCCCCUUCCCUCCAGAGGUUCUGGUGUCAAUGUCAGCGGAUCCGAGGAACACGGCUGACGGAGGUUGGAUUCACGAACACGAAUUCCGUCAAAAAGCGGCCGAGCUUGCAGCUGAAGAGUUUGAAAAGAGUGACGGGCAAAACGUGUCUUUUGACACCUUUGUGAAACCCACAUCCCUUGAAGACACUGUUCGCACAGCAUUAGAAAGCGUCGACGAUUUGUACCCUCACAGAAUCCAUUUGCUCCACCUGAGAAGUCUGAAUGACGAUUCGAAUGGUAAUAACCCCAUGCAAGAGGAUAACUCUCGACCUAUCUUUGUUCAAGCUCCAUCGGAAAAGUUUGGGGACUCAACAGGCUCUGACGUGGAUGGAAACAACUCAGAAGGAGAUUCUUCUGUCCGGUCACCACAAACAAAUGCCCACAGCGACAUCAAACCCAGGGCUGCCGACAAGCAAGUCUCAAGUCCGAUCAGCUCGUCCGAAUACGAAAGGUACGGCAUUCGUCCUGCGGGUGAUGCGCAACACUUUGACGAAGACGCAUUUGAAGUACCACAAGAAUAUCUGAUCGAUCGGGCUGGAGUUACAAAUGGCACCAAGAGAGCACGCUUCGGAGAAGUACCAAAAUUCAAACCGAGGAAGAAACACAAACACUUGGUUGAUGGUGAGAAUAUUUUGCCCGAUGUGGGAUUCUGGGAGUCGGACGAAGACCCAGACUUCUCGAACGAGAUCAGUGAUACUGAACCAGGUGCGGAACCGACAGAGGAAGAGAUGCGAAAUAUCCCCUUGCCUCAAGCUACCAUCGACCGUGUGUCACUCGCAGGCCCGCACCGCACAUCAAAGAACGCGGCUGUGGAUGGGCCAAUCUCUGGAAGCCUCCCGCGGCGCUCGAUACUGUCUUUUCCCACGGUGAAAGAUCCCACGGAUCCUGGUACUAUACUUCGGCUUAGCCAGAAAAGCGCUGCUUCGCAAAACUCCUCAAAGGCGUCUACGUGUGAGCCUUCAAUCUCCCCUGCGACGCUGAAGACGCCUGCAAAGUCCAUGUUCACCGACUCAGAACAGACCCCCUUGCCGCCCACCGUAGGUGCAGGUAUCGGGUCAUCUGGGUUACUCAAUGUCAAACUUCAAGGCUUUUCCAAAUGGCAGGCAGGGAACAGUGUGCAGUUGUUCAAAAUUCGUCCGCCAAGUUUCAAACAGAUAGCGUCAACUAUGUGGGAGAAUGGUCUGCCUGAUGUAAUUUAUCAGGAAGCAUACUACAGUCAGGAGGAAGACGUCCCUGGCCAAUCGAGGGAAUAUGCUGGUCGCGAAUUCAAGCUCGAGAGUGCAACGGUGCCCUAUCUACCAGACUUUGAUGCUUCCGGAAAGUCCGCCGCAACAUUCGGCCGGAAGCCUCCCUCGUUACUAGAUUUUGCUGCUGAGAGAAUUCGCGACAACCAGAGACGCAAAAGAUGCACUAUUUCUGAGUGGGUUAUUGCAGCGACUCCGCCUCGAAAAGUCGACGUUCUCUCCUGGCUGCAAGAAGAAACCCAGGCACGUAUUGACAACAACGGGGCUGGUAAACUUCGGACGCGUGGUGCCGCUCUGUCGCAGAUCGAUGGUCCAACGCAGAAGAAUGAUCAUGGCUUCAAAUAUUCUCAGAAGCAGCCCAGUACGAGCGUUCAGCAUGAGACACAGUAUAUGAAUGUGAUGAGCGUGGAGGUCCACGUCAACACUCGAGGUGCUCUGGCUCCAAAUCCUGAUGAAGAUGCCAUUGCCUGUGUAUUCUGGUGUGCGCAGACUGAUGACGACGAUGAUGGUAUUGACAAGGAUGCAAGAACGGAUGGGCUCCACGUCGGAAUUCUUGCUGUUGCUGGUGAUAAGCAGGCUGCCAAAAGAAUUGCCCGUAACGUCCCCUACCACGUUGAGGAAGAGCCUACUGAAUUGGAUCUUCUUACGAGAUUUGUUGACAUUGUGAGGCACUAUGAUCCCGAUGUUCUCACAGGCUACGAGGUGCACAAUAGCUCCUGGGGUUAUCUUAUUGAGCGAGCACGUGUCAAGUACGAUCUGAACUAUUGCGAUGAGCUGUCCAGGAUGAAAUCCCAAUCUCACGGAAGGUUUGGCAAGGAGGACGACCGCUGGGGUUUCAACCACACCUCGACAGUUCGUGUCACGGGGCGACAUACAAUCAAUAUCUGGCGGGCCAUGCGCGGCGAAUUGAACUUGCUUGGCUACACUAUGGAGAACGUUGUGUACCAUUUGCUACAUCAACGAAUACCUCACUACAGUUUUGCUGAUUUGACGAGGUGGUACAACAGCAAGAAUCCUCGCGACCAGGCAAAAGUCAUUGAUUACUUCAUUUCGAGGACAAAGCUCGACAUUGCACUCCUCGAAGCCAAUGAGCUGAUCCCGAGAACAAGCGAACAGGCCCGACUGCUGGGAGUCGACUGGUUUUCAGUCAUCUCCCGUGGUUCACAAUUCAAGGUAGAGUCUCUGAUGUUUCGCAUAGCGAAACCAGAGAACUUCAUCUUGGUCUCACCCAGUCGCAGGCAAGUCGGGGGUCAGAAUGCAUUGGAGUGCUUACCGCUGGUAAUGGAGCCCCAAAGCGACUUCUAUACCAGCCCACUGCUAGUUCUCGACUUCCAGUCCCUUUACCCCAGCGUCAUGAUAGCCUACAACUAUUGCUACUCGACUUACCUUGGCCGAGUCGUCGGCUGGCGAGGUGCGAACAAAAUGGGAUUCACAAAUUAUCGCCGGGAACCCAGAUUACUGGAGCUACUUAAGGAUUAUAUCAAUAUCGCACCGAACGGGAUCAUGUAUGCGAAACCCGAAAUUCGAAAGUCCCUGCUGGCAAAGAUGUUGAGUGAAAUCCUCGAGACCCGCGUCAUGGUCAAGAGUGGAAUGAAAGUCGACAAGGAUGACAAGACUUUGCAGAGGUUGUUGAAUAACAGGCAACUUGCCCUCAAGCUUAUCGCCAACGUCACCUACGGCUAUACCUCCGCAUCGUUUUCCGGAAGGAUGCCGUGCUCAGAGAUCGCGGACAGCAUUGUACAGACUGGCCGUGAAACGCUCGAGAAGGCAAUUGCUCUAAUCCACUCGGUCGAGCGUUGGGGAGCGGAAGUGGUCUACGGCGAUACCGACAGUCUCUUCGUCUACCUCAAAGGUCGAACACGAGAGCAAGCCUUUGACAUUGGUGAAGAAAUUGCUGACACAAUCACGAAGAUGAAUCCUCGACCGGUCAAGUUGAAGUUCGAAAAAGUCUAUCAUCCGUGCGUUCUACUUGCGAAGAAAAGAUACGUGGGGUUCAAGUACGAAAGUCGCAACCAGACUGUACCAGACUUUGAUGCCAAAGGAAUUGAAACUGUGCGUCGAGACGGCACUCCAGCCGAGCAGAAGAUCGAGGAGACGGCAUUAAAGCUGCUGUUCCGCACCUCUGACCUGAGUCAGGUCAAAGCCUUUUUCCAGUCUCAAUGCGCCAAAAUCAUGCAAGGCCGGAUUUCCAUCCAGGACUUUUGUUUCGCUCGAGAAGUCAAGCUUGGGACUUACAGUGAUAAACAACCUCCACCUCCUGGUGCACUCAUCAGCGCUCGAAAAAUGGUAGAGGAUCCGAGGCUGGAACCGCAAUAUGGCGAGCGAGUACCCUAUGUGGUUGUCACAGGCGGACCAGGCGCCAGGUUGAUCGAUCGUUGUGUGGCGCCAGAAGUCUUACUCAAUGACGCGCACUCGGAGCUCGACGCGGAGUAUUACAUUUCCAAGAACAUCAUCCCACCCCUUGAACGCAUCUUCAAUCUGGUGGGGGCAAAUGUCCGCCAAUGGUACGACGAAAUGCCAAAAUACCAGCGUAUCAGGAGAGUAGACGCUGGGCUUGGUACAGAAGGUAAAUACGGUGCGAGGGCUCAAAAGACUAUGGAGUCAUACAUGAGAUCGUCAACAUGUCUUGUUUGUCGCGAUCGACUGGACACUCCGGCUCCGCUGUGUGACAAGUGCUCUCAGCAGUCUCCGCAGACUAUGCUAGCACUCCGGUCGAGACUGAUGAAAGUUGAGAGAAAAGCGACACAACUCGCCAAGUAUGACUUCCCCUCCAAGGCGGACAAAUCUGGCCUGCAACUACUGCCGUUACAGGUGGGCUUGGUCCAAGAUAGAGGCCUGGAGUGCGUAUACCAAGACGCCGCGUCUCCGAGAAUUGACAGACAUGAACCGACUGAUGCUCACCUGGGUCGAUUAAAUGCAAUCGAGGAUGUUCUACGGCAACACUCAAUGAUUAUCAACUCCUUGCGCCCAAACCCACCACAGACAUUCGACACGUCGUCCUCCACACCAACGUAUGCCUAUGAGGACAUAUCAUGCGUAAAUACGACUCAAACUCAGCAGGAUGAUGUAGGGCCUGAUCGCUCUACAAGCAUAGUGAAUGAUGCGCCGGACGACUUCGCCAGACAAUCGGACGAGCAAGUUCCUCCACUGACGAUCCCCCUCGGUCAUCAGACUAGCACAAGCAGCCUCCUUACACUCUCUUCGAUGCGCUCUCUAGUAGGUGACUUCCCAGAGGAGUUUCUAUUCCUGGUAGAGGAGAAUCGUCCACAGCCUCCGUGGUUAAAACGCGUCGAAUUAGCGUCCGAUGAGGUAGGACAAGACAUUCUCCAGCUUGAGAAUUCAUUCGCAAACACCUGUUUUGAGCGCUUCUGGACACUAGUGCAUCCGUACCGGCCCUUGUUUGACCUGGAAGACCUUCAAUCACAAUAUGAGAGGACCUUGAGCGAAGGGAUCCAGGAGGAUCCACGCUCUGCCCUCGUUCUGUCUCUCCUUGCAUUGGGAGCAACUGCCCUGGACCCUAUCGAAGCCGCCACAACCAAACACAGCGGUGAUGCGAUGGUCAGAAGAGCUCUUCGCAUACUAGUUCCGACAUGGGCCACGACAUUUAGUGGAGAUCUCGUUCUGUCUCAGGCGCUCAUUCUUUGCGCGCUCUACUUCUGCUAUGUGGUCGACCCACUGAUGGCCUGGAGGCUUACACAUAUGGCAUCCACAAGUGUGCAGCAAAUGCGCAGAGAACAUUUGUCCAAAAACACCAAUGAAGGUGUCAUCAGAGUCAGUUGGGCGUGCUUCUUAAUCGAAUGCGAUAUCCUUGCCGAAUUCCACCAACCCAGAAGUGGUAUCGAACCGCUGGUUGAUAGGAUGCCCUUUCCUGCAUACAGUAACGUCACAGCACCAGAAAGCUUGUACUCAUUGGCCGACAUAUCGGCCAGGUCCUUGCUCAAUCGAAUUCACCAUACGAUGUACUUCACGGACAGUCUCUCCCUAUAUGCAGGUCGGUCACAAAACUCAGGCGGCAUCCUCUCGUCUGAUCCCGAUGCUUCACUAUUAAGAGUCUGCGAAGAACUCGAUCGCCAGCUUGAAACAUGGUAUGAAUCGUUACCAGAGGCCGUCAAACCAGAUCUUUGGGGCAGACCCAGGGGCAGUGACCAAGCUUGUGUUCUGCGCCUGAGGUAUUGGUCCGCCAAACACAACAUCUAUCGACCUUUUGUGGUCUAUGCGGCGUCACGGGCCACGGAACAUGAGGGAAGCAUACCGGUGGCGGCUCUUGAGCGUUGCCGGCUAUGCCUCUCUGCGAGUCGAAUAUUCUUGCUAACUGCUGGCCAUGUUCUGUCGAGCAGAAGUCCAUACACUUUUAGCACAGCACAGUGGUAA